AUGGCUUUAAGUCAAGACUGUCAUUUCCUUAGCAUAGUAAGAUCUGAAAAUCAGGCUACAUCUUCUAGCGAUGCAACUGAAUCACCAGCAUUAUUUUGUCAUACUAAUGUAAAGCCACAUCGGUCUUCUAAUUCUCGUAUUGUUCAAAAUUUUAUCCUUGUAUGGUUAAAUUCUAUUAUUGACGAUGUGAGUGACGAUGAGCUUUGUGAUUCAAUAGCCAAACUACAACAAAUUGUCAAUAGUAUCAAUACGUUUACUGAUGUUGAUGAAUGCAUCGAUUUUCUUACCGAAAUCAAAGAUGAAAAAGUUCUGAUAAUUAUUUCAGACGAUUACGGUCAAGAUGUUGUAUCUUUUAUUCAUGAUUUAAAUCAAAUUAAUUCAAUUUAUAUCUUUUGUAAAAAUGAACCAAAAGAAAACCAAUCUACACAAAAUGGGCCAAAAGUUAAGAACAUCUUCUUUUCAAUAUCGUCCAUAUGCAAAGCAGUUAAACUUGAUGCACAAAAAUGCGAUCAAGAUUCGAUUUCGAUCAGUCUUGUUUCAAAUACUAGCGGGACGUUAAAUAGCAAUUUAGAUCAAUUGGAUCCAACCUUUAUGUAUACACAGAUACUCAAAGAAAUUUUAUUGACAAUUGACUUCAAUGAACAACAUAUUAAAGAUUUUACUGCCUACUAUCGACAACAUUUUGCUGACAAUACUGCGCAAUUGAAUAAAAUCGACGAAUUCGAAAAAGAUUAUAAUAAACAUCCAGCUAUCUGGUGGUAUACUCAUCAAUUUUGUUUUUAUUCGGUGCUCAACCGAGCUUUACGUUUGAUGGAAAUAGAUACUCUCAUUAAAAUGGGUUUCUUCAUUCAUGAUCUUCAUCAUCAAAUCGCACAGCUACACUCAAAACAACUUAAUGAACAACAUCAAUCAGAGUCAUUGACUAUCUUUCGAGGUCAAGGUAUAUCAAAGACAGAAUUUGAAAAAAUCCUCAAAACACAAGGUGGAUUGAUUUCGUUUAAUAAUUUUUUAUCUACGAGCAAAGAUCUAAGUAUAGCUCAAAGUUUUGCUCGUAGCUCUCUUGCAAAUUCAGGUUCAGUGGGAGUUGUCUUCGUGAUGACAAUUGAUCCUUCAAUAGAUUCAACUCCAUUUGCCUCUAUCAACGACUUGAGUUGCUACAAUACAGAAGAAGAGAUUCUGUUCUCGAUGCAUACCGUCUUUCGAAUUGGUAGUAUCAUACAGAGCAAUGAUAACAAUCGUCUAUGGCAAGUAGACUUAAUACAAACCAAUGACAACGAUCCAGAGUUGAAUCAUCUUACUAAAAGAAUACGUGAAGAAAUUCGAGGAUCGAGUGAAUGGGAUAGAUUGGCUGGAUUGCUAAUUAAACUUGGUCAAUUUGCUAAAGCUGAUGAAUUAUAUGAAGUUCUCGUCAAUCAAACAUGUAAUGAUCAUCAAAAAAUACAUUUCUAUCAUCAACUUGGAUGGAGCAAGAAAAAUCAAAAAAAGUAUGAGGAGGCAAUUACAUUUUAUGAAAAAUCGCUGGAAAUCAAGUACAAAAUCCUGCCUGAAAAACAUUCUUCGUUUACUUCUACUUUCAAUGACAUCGGUUCUGUAUAUGAAAAUAUAAAUCAAUACACGCAAGCACUUCUAUAUUAUGAAAGAGGACUUAUAAUUCAACAACAAAUAACGAAUCAACAUGGAUUAGCAUCUUCUUUGAGUAGCAUUGGAUCUGUUUACGAAAAAAUGCGUGAUUACCCAACAGCUCUUUCAUAUCAUGAAAAAGCACUUGAAAUUCGACAAAAUAUGCAACCUUCAGAUGAUCGCAAGGUAGCUCAUUCGUACAAAAACAUUGCUGUUGUGUAUGAAAAAAUGGGUGAAUAUGCGAAAGCACUUUCAUCUCACGAAAAAUCAUUGGAGGCUCUAAAAAGAAUACUUCCUCCGAAUCAUUCUGACUUAGCUCAACUCUACAGCAGCAUCGGUUUCCUAUAUGGUAAGAUGCGUCAAAAUGCAAAAUCACUUGAAUUUCAUCAACGUGCUUUGGAUAUUGGACAAAGGUCAUUACUUGUCAAUCAUCCUCGUCUUCAACAAUUGCAAAAGAAUCUCGAAUGUGCGACAAGAAAAUAUAAAUGA